AUGGAGCUCUCGCCUGCUGUCAUCGUGGGAGACGGAAGGGUUGGUCAUAUGAUGAAGAACAGAGGAGACCCGGGCGAUGCUAUGGUCAGAAGCACCUCCGAGCUGAGAUUCCAGCUGAAAGAGGCCCCCGGGGGCGGACCCAAGAGCGGCCCAAUCUAUCUGUGCGUCCCCAAUUCUGCGCUGAAGGAGCUUGUGGAAGCAUGCCCCCCUGAACGGAGACAGGAUCUUGUCUUCAUGGGAUCCGGCAACUUGGGGCCCUUCCUGAAGCAGUUUGGGCUGGAGGGCAACACUCAGGCUCUGAUCUACUUCGUCAUCGAUAAGCUGGGCCACGAUCCCGUUGAUGGAAAGACCUCCUUGGACCCCGAUGGCUUGACUGCAGUCACUGGGAAGUGGUCGGGCGACCUGGCCAAACGCCUCAAGAUGGUCAACCUCUCUUGCAGGAUUAUGGACUCGAACAAGUUUGAGAUCUCAAGGCUUGAGAGGCUCGUCUGGACGUGCGCGACCCAUCUCGUGGCCAAGGCGAACAAGUUUACCAAGGUCGGUCAGGUGGUGGAGAGCCACUGGAGUGAAGUGGAAGAGGUCAUGCAUGAGCUGGUCCGUGUCCUCAACGAGCAAGCCGUCUCAGGGAGCGUCCAGUUAGAAGCCUCGCAGUUCUACGAGCGCAUGAAGGAGUACACGCUAUCCAUCGGACACUUCAACACCGUCGUCAAGGACCUUGAGUUCCGCAAUGGCUAUUUCUACAAGAUCUCGCAGGAGCGGCUUGCCAAGGGCCUUCCUGAUCCGUGCCCGAUGCACACAAAGCUUCUCAAGAAAGUGAAGGCAGUCAAGUGA